AACUCAAGCUUCUCUCAAAAGGAAUUGGGGGCAGAUUCUGAUUCUUUCCAUCUGCACGAGGACGAGAGAGCUCUGAAUCUCUCCUUCUUCCUCGGCCAGCGAGUGUAAUUGUGCGUGAAAAUUAGCAGAAAUUCCAGGCCUGCUGGUGUAGAGAGAAAGUAGCGGCGGCAGAAAGAAACACGUAAACGAGUACUGUCCAAGUGUGUAACGAAGGACUCAGAGUCGAACACGAAGCAGCGACUCGACAACGCCGUUUUUGAGUAACCCUGGUUGUUCAAUUUUUCUCGUGCUGUCACUUGUCAGUACUUAAUUAUGCGUAGGCCUCGUUCUAUUAGUGGGUGAAUGUGCAGUUUUGCUCCUGGGAUCUAUAAUUAGCGAAUUCUUUCUGGGUUGGGAGGAAUUAAUCUGAAUUUGGUCCAGUUUUUCUGCUUGUCUCCGCGGGAUGUCGAGUUUUUCCGAUGCUGAUUUCAGUGUGGAAGGGAUUGACGAUGUCCAGGAUUACCCAUGGGAGAGUGUGGAAGGAUCAAUGUCCUGGGAGAAGUAUACCCAUCUCUCUAGUCUAGUGCAUACAGGGAACAAGGCGUUCCGUGAAAACCGGUUAGAUCAGGCGAUCGAGUCUUACUCGAGAGCUAACAACAUUAAUGAGCUCGAUCCCAUUAUCCUGAGCAACCGGGCUGCUGCGUAUAUUCGGGCCAGUCAUUUCCUUAAACACAGACCACCAACUGCUUCGGAAUACAGGCCACUGAGUGGGUCGGAUCCAACUACUCAUGCCGCACUUGCUGUGAAGGAUGUGGAAAAGGUGAUGACUUUGCAGAGUGGAUGUGUAACUCCCUACAUUCUGAAAGCAAAUGCACUCAUCCUGCUGGAGAAGUACGAGCUAGCUCGAGAUGUUAUUCGUUCGGGUCUUCAGAUUGAUCCUCAAAGUACCCCCCUUCUGAAUUUAGAGAAGUCAACAUCCAAUAUUUUUAUGAGGAGAAGCCAUGUAAAACCUCAGCGUACUGAUGAUUAUGAUUGCACUCUAUGUUUGAAGUUACUGUAUGAGCCCGUCACAACUCCUUGUGGGCAUUCUUUUUGCCGCUCCUGUCUGUUUCAGUGCAUGGAUAGAGGUAAUCGAUGCCCUUUGUGUCGGACGGUUAUGCUUAUUAGUCCCAGAACAUGUGCGAUCAGUGUCACUUUGAACAACAUCAUACAGAAGAACUUUCCAGAAGAAUACGCAGAAAGGAAGUUGGAGAAUGACAGUUUAACAAACCCUGGUGCUGACAUGUUGCCUCUUUUUGUCAUGGAUGUUAUCAUUCCAUGCCAAAAGUUUCAGCUUAACAUUUUUGAGCCUCGUUACAGACUUAUGAACAUGUACCCAUUUGGUCGCACUCUGUUGGCUUCCAUUGAUUUGAAAUUCCGUUUAAAAUGUCUUGAAACAGGUGAGGAGGAUAAUGGAAGGAAACCGUCGCAUGGGAAUGUUGCGAGCCACUUCCAGAUGGACGUUUCUUUUUGGAGGUUGAAAGCCGCCGGAGAUGUCGCAUCCUUCGGAAUUGGGAUCAAGACGGUUAUCGCAUUGCAGAGGUUGAAUGGGUUGAAGAUACAUAUCCACCAGAGGGACCCGAGAGAAAUGAUCUUUUGGGGUUCUGCGAAUGAGUUCUACGCAGACCAGCAUCUAUGGAGGACACUAUACCAAAUUGGUUAUCUGUUGCUAGAGAUGACACAAAAGGCAGCCGAAUUUGCUUCCCAAUGGAUAAAGGAUGCUCAAGGAGCCGCACAAGGAGAUAGAGUGAGGCUUGCGGAGCUCUUUAAAGCAGAAGGGAUGAAGCCCCCCACAAGGGACCCUGAGCGCUUCAGUUUCUGGCUUGCAACUUUAUCAAAUCGUAGACCUUCAGAAAGAUUAGAUCUCCUUCGAUUAAGAGAUACAAAGGAGGUAUUGCUUCUUGCCACAUCUAUUUGUGACUUCCCAUUUGUUUGGGGACUUCAAAGCUACUGGUCCAUGAUAACAUUUGUCGACUUCUCAUAUUUUGCCUGGCAUAGAGAACACAUGAAUUUGGUUCAAAAUCGACCCGAUUUCAGGCCUAGAUAAGGCUGUACUUUAUCGUACAGAAUAAAUAGUAUAACUAGGAAAUUUUAAAAUAUAGAAGACAGAAAGCCAUGCAUAUUCCGGAGGAGGAUGCGUUCGUGUUGAUUCGUUAAUGAUUUUUAUU